CGUCUGGGAGCUGUCCCAGGAAUCAUGGUGCUGAAGCUGCAGCACCGAUUCAGCAGCCAAUGAUCACAGGAGAAUCCGGGGCUACGGAUGCUUUCACCCAGAGCAGGACAGUCCGACAAUCGUGUUGGAUUAUAACGGAGAUUUAAACCCAUCGGCUUUUUCCCCUGGACAUGGAAAUUCGAUAAUUGGGGAUGUAAGCUUCACACAGACUUGCCAGCGACCUGCAGUCUGGCUGGAGAUCUAUGAGAAAAAUCCCGAAACUGUGAGUCGUAGACAUCGGGGUAGCUCGCCAGCUGUUCCAUUUAUUGAACUUAAUGGCUUCAGACACUUGUUUGCAUCGAUGGGAUUUAUUUGCCUUUUGGAUUUACAUUCUGGAGGGACGACAAUAAAAUACUUUCAAUUAUAACAUUUUAACAAAGAAAAAUAAAGUCUGCUUUAACCCAAAAAAUCGCAGGAAAACAGACUUUCCCACCCGUCCACAUAUGAACAAGUGUUUUGCUCAUGCCGGGGAUACAUACAGUACAUGCUGAUCUCGUCCAGCACCUUUGCACGGUGCUUUGAGUUUGUGGCCGGAGACAGCCUGAUGCUGCGCAGCCAGGGCAUGCUAAAGAGCCGCUGCUGCGUUCUGCUCGGUGACCUGAGGGUGCUCCUACUCGGGCCACCGGCACCACCAACACCGCUGCCUCCGCUGACCCCCAUGAGCAGCCAAACUACGGAAAGCCAUGAGACAGGCGUCACAGUACCCGACAACAACAACACGUUAACGCGGAGCCACCAGCACGCAGAGGACCGCGCUGCCCCACCUACCGCGGGAGCCACCGGGCCACCGGGUGGAGAGCGACCGGUGUCGGGCUGGGUGGAUGCUGCAGAGCUGUCAGCGGCCCUGCGUGGCUGCAGCAGCUCCUCUGAUGACUGCUCAAAGGGCAAACUGGAGGAGAGGUUUUCCCUCACCAGCUACACGGAGAGCGGCUUCAGGACGCCUGUGUGUCGGAUCUGCUUCCAAGGACCAGAACAUGGGGAGCUCCUGAGCCCAUGUCGGUGCUGUGGGUCAGUACGCUGCACCCACCAGCCCUGCCUCAUCAAGUGGAUCAGCGAGAGAGGAUCCUGGGCCUGUGAGCUCUGCUACUACAAAUAUCAGGUCAUCGCCAUCAGCACCAAGAACCCACUACAGUGGCAAGCCAUCUCGCUGACAGUGAUCGAAAAAGUUCAGAUAGCAGCAGCCAUCUUGGGCUCCCUUUUCCUCAUGGCAAGUAUCUCCUGGCUGGUGUGGUCGUCUUUCAGCCCGUCCGCCCGUUGGCAGCGACAAGAUCUGCUCUUCCAGAUCUGUUACGGCAUGUACGGCUUCAUGGAUGUCGUCUGUAUCGCACUAAUCAUCCACGAGGGACCCUCUGUGUUUCGAAUCUUCCACCGCUGGCAGGCCGUGAACCAGCAGUGGAAAGUCUUGAACUAUGAUAAGUCGAUGGACAGCGGCGACCUGAAGGACUCCGCUGUUGAAAGAACUGUGUCUCAGCCCAGCCCGGGCUUUCAGACUGGCCUAGGUGUGUCCACCUCCACCUCCUCACUGAUGGUGGUCGCCUCUACAGCUGCCGGCUCCACUUCUACAACCAUGGUAACCGCAGUACCAGGAGGACUGGGUACACAUGUGGACCCAAACAGCGGCAGCACAGUGCCAGACCAACACUGUCCCUACAACAUCCUCCACCUCCUCAGUCAGCUGAGGCAGCCGGAGGUCCGCAGCCAACCCAGCAAUAGCACAAGAGAGCUGGUCAUGAGAGUCACUACAGUCUGAGGAGUCAGUUGAGGCCUUAUCUCACACGGAGGUGAAAGUUUUAUCAACCAGCUGACAGUUGAAAAAAAAAAAAGUCUUAUCUUGACUGCACUGGAUUAAUACCAUGUUUGUUGUUUGUUUCAAAAUGCAUCUCUGCUGUCCUUACAUGGAUUGAAUAAAAGUCAAAGUUGUUUAAUUUGCA